AUGACCAGUCCUUACCGAGCUGCGUUCAAGCUCACACUCCUACGACUACGCAUGGGGCACCAGGCUGCCCAGUGCACGACCGGCACCAUCAACUGGCGGCAAAUGUACGGCGAUGUCGCCUUCCGCAUCCAGCCCACGGUGUUCCAGUCCGACAUCGACGCCAUCAAGAAGGCCAGGGAGGUGGACCACGCAAAGCUGGCGGAGGUCGCAGCAGCUUGGGCCAGGGGCCUUCCAGAGGGCUGGGGCGCCACCCGCGACGGCUCUGGCAAGGUCUACUACUGGCACAAGGUCACCAAGAAGGUGCAGUGGGAUCGGCCGACUCCCGACACCCCCAUCAGCUGA